ACCACACUCCCUGCCUCCUCCUCGUCGGCGCCCUCGCUAUCGCUUCGCCCAGCCUUAUCCAUGCAGGCCCAGCAGCGAGAGCACCUCUGCCGCUCCCGGACGCCGGCGCCCGCGACGCGCUUCGUGGAGCGCCGCGCCUAACCUCUCCCGGACUCACAAUCCUCCCGGCUCCCGCGCGGCCGCAGCUGAUGCCGCUCGCCGGAAUAGCCCUCGCGCCUUUUCUCCUGGUCACUCCCCUCGCGCCUUCCCCUCGCCGUAGCUGCGUUGCCACUGCCGCGGCGAGAAGGCCAAGCGCUCUUCGGCGUGCUCGGUGCUCGGCUACAGCAGCUUCCGGUGAAGCCGAGGAGUUCGGCGAGCUGUCACGCGCGACGUUACUCUGGAGGGCGGCGAAGCUGCCCAUAUACUCCGUGGCGCUUGUGCCACUCACGGUAGGGAGCGCUUCUGCUUAUCAUCACGCAGGGCUAUUCUUUGCCAGACGCUACUUCACUAUCUUGGCAGCGGCAGUCCUUGUGAUCACUUGGCUCAAUCUGAGCAAUGAUGUCUUUGAUUCGGAUACUGGGGCUGAUAAGAACAAGAAAGAAUCUGUUGUUAACAUUAUUGGCAGUCGAGCUGUGACACAAAAUGCUGCAAAUGUUUCUCUUUUACUCGGCUUUGUGGGGCUAUUUUGGGCCUUUGCAGAAGCCGGGGAUGCUAGAUUCAUUUUCUUGGUGAUGUGUGCAAUCUUCUGUGGUUAUGUUUAUCAGUGUCCUCCAUUUCGAUUAAGUUAUCAGGGACUAGGUGAGCCCUUGUGUUUUGCUGCUUUUGGUCCAUUGGCAACCACAGCUUUCUACUUCUCAAACAGCAGCGUAAAUAUUUCAAGUGGAAAGGUGGUGCUCCCUCUCACCAAAACAGUCGUAGCUUCAUCAGUCCUAGUUGGGUUGACAACUACUUUGAUACUCUUCUGCAGCCAUUUUCAUCAGAUUGAUGGAGAUCUUGCUGUUGGAAAGAUGUCUCCCCUGGUAAGAGUUGGCACUGAAGCAGGAUCACGAAUAGUGGCGGUUGCUAUUGCCAUGCUUUACAUUCUUUUGGCUGCAUUUGCCAUAAGCAAAGCUCUUCCAUCAGCUUGCACUGUCCUUUGUGGACUUACUCUGCCUGUGGGCAAAUUGGUUGUGGACUAUGUGCUGAAAAAUCACGAGGACAAUGCCAAGAUUUUCAUGGCGAAGUACUACUGUGUGCGGUUGCAUGCUCUGUUUGGGAUGGCGCUGGCUUCUGGUUUGGUCUUGGCCCGAAAUGGUGUACUAGCCUGACAAAUGAGCAACCUUGAAAUCCAUGAGAGAAUCCGGAGUACCCAGCGAAUACACAGCCUUCCACUGUGUUCUGAACUUCUGAUUCGGCAACAGAACAGACUGAACGUUGAGAAUGAUUGCAGUACUGAGCUGGUGCAGUUUUGCCAAGAAAUGGAGAGGAAAUGCCAGGGAGGUACUAGAUGUUGCUGCUUGAGUGAAUGAGUAGGUUUGGACGUUCGGUGCCUGAGCCUGAGUUGAUUUGCUUCACAGCAUCCGGUUUUUGCCCAAGGAACACGUCUUCUACGCUUUGACUGGCUCGGCUUGCUUGUGCACGGUCAGAUUACCGUUGCAUGUAGAGGAGGAUUCCAGUAUGAAUUGAAUUCCAAGCCAGGACGUACGAGUCAUGUUCAAGCGUUACUUCCCUGUACAAACGUACGAACUGAUAAUGCAUACGACCAUGCGGAUUUCCGGGCUUUCAUUCACUCCCUUGUAUUUCACAUUUUGCCUUCCCUGGUUGGUGGUUAUCCAGCUACCGUGUAGGGUUUGUAAUUGUAAUGUCUUGUUUCCAUCUCUUUGUUCAGACAAGUAAACAAUGUUAAUACAACCAAACAUGUAAAACAAAUACUUCUGCUGCAA